GCGCCGGAGAACCUGUUCGGUAGCAACCCCACCUCUGAGGCUGCAGCACAACAGGGGAUGGGCAAGUCCAAAAAGUCACGUUGGUCUGUCGAAUGGCUUGCUCUGAUUUGACCUUUAACCCAAUUCAUUUCAGAGAGACAGAUUUGGAAAAAAUAGAUUUGCUUUGGCGCUAACUGUGUCUUGUUUAAAUUUCAGCACAUAUAUUUUCACCAUCCAGAAAGGGGCCCUUUAAAUCCUAAUCUGAUUAUUUAUUGAUAAAGAGAAUAUCCCACUGGGGGGCAUUUGUUUCUCAAGCCCAGGCUUCCAACCUCUCUGACCACGUCCCCUUCAUCACCAUUCAUGAAGCAGCCCAAUCACAGCCAGGCUCAGUCAGGACAGGAGGGUGGAGCAUGGCACUGAAACAGGGUGUGGUUCUGAAACUUGCAAGGUCUGUAGUAGAGCCAUGAGGCUUUAAAUUGAGUUGAAUGAGUCAAGCUCCACAGUCAUCACAGCAGAUCAGCCGCCGUCACUCACUCCUUUCUGGUUCUCACCGGCCGGCACUUGGAGCUACUGUUGGAUUUUUUAUUCUUUUUUUCUUUAUUUUUUUUUUUUUUUUAGAGAAACAACUUCACCACUGAAGGAGGCAGUAGGCUGACACCCACUCACAACUUAGCUCUGUGUGUGCCCGUAGUUUUCACCCGAUCGCUCUCACCUCUGAUCUGCCGGACCCUCUGGACUGAGCGCUGCCCGCUCCGGAUCCUCUCUGGACUGCUGAGGAUUUGUUUGUAGGAUAGAAUCUUCUCUGUUUUUGAUGUGCUUCUCAGAAAUUUGGCUGAGCAAAAGGCGAGCCGCCACCAUGCUCCAGGAAGCUUUUUCAAGCAUGACAAAACUCCAUGGUUACAUAAUAUCCAGAACUGACGCCAGAGUGAAGGAUUACCCUCUGAUGCAGAGCCCAUUGCAGAUGACCAGCAUCCUCCUGGCCUAUGUCUUUUUCUCUGUGUACGUCGGCCCACGCAUGAUGGCCAACCGCAAGCCGUUCGGCCUCCACCGAGCCAUGAUCAUUUACAACCUCAGCAUGGUUUUGCUAAAUGCCUACAUGGUGUAUGAGUUCAUGAUGUCUGGAUGGGCCACUACCUUCACAUGGAAAUGUGAUCUUAUUGAUGUCACCACCAGCCCACAAGCUCUCAGGAUGGUCCGAGUCGCUUGGCUGUUUUACUUUUCAAAGUUCGUGGAACUCCUCGACACAGUAUUCUUUGUGCUGAGGAAGAAGCAGAGCCAGAUCACGUUUCUCCACGUCUUCCAUCACUCCUUCAUGCCCUGGUCUUGGUGGUGGGGUGUUGCGCUGACGCCUGCUGCAGGAAUGGGAUCGUUCCAUGCGAUGGUGAAUGCAACAGUCCAUGUCAUCAUGUACACCUACUACGGACUCUCUGCUGCAGGGCCUCGCUUCCAGAAGUAUCUGUGGUGGAAGAAGCACAUGACGGCCAUCCAGCUGACCCAGUUUGUCCUGAUUGCUAUUCACAUUAGCCAGUAUUACUUCAUGGAGAAGUGCGACUAUCAGAUGCCGCUGUGGAUCCAUCUGAUCUGGAUGUACGGCGUCUUCUUCUUCCUCCUCUUCUCCAACUUCUGGGUGCAGGCUUACAUAAAGGGCAACCGUCUUCCAGUGGCAGACCACAAGCCGAACCAGAACGGCUCCACCAACGGACACAUUGUGAUGAAUGGCAAACCCCAUACGAAUGGGCAUGCUCACCUCUGUGAAAAUGGAAAUAUAGUCAUGGGGAAAGUGAAGGAAAUUUAAAGUGAGUCUGGGGGGGAAGGAGGCAUAAAGAGUUCAUAGAUAUUAGCACUUCAAAUAUUCCACGUAUCUAUAUUUAGUAGCAUAUUUGAGCACAAGAGUUCAAUAUGCUACCUCUACACUACAUAAUUUGUACAUAAUCUAAUUUUAUUAAAUAUUUACCCCCUGUGGGAUAUGAUUGGCAGACUGUUUUUGCCAGUGAUCUCUGAAUGCAACACCUUGUGAGUUGUUGCAGAAGCUGUUUACUGUGAUGAACACUGAAUAGGAAAUUGGUGCUCAUUUUUGUCACUGAUAGUAUUCUUUAACUCAGGCUUGACCUGCAGCACUGUUCGGCUAACGUGGCCUUUUGUUGCUUGGGAGGAUGGCAGUGUUUCCACUAAACACGUGUAAAUAUUAUGACCUUUAUCCGAAAGUGUUUCAUUGUAAAUGUCAAAUAUUUAGGUUUUUUUCUCCUUUUUUAUUUAUCUUUUGAAAUAAAACUAAAUUUAGAUAAAGGUCUGUUUCCUUUAGAAAGCAGUGAUUAUGUGCACUCAGUGAGCAACGGGCCACGUCUCUUUUUUUAUGAAGAACUAUGGAAAUAUUAUACUGUAUAUUACAGUAUUGAUUUUUUUUUUUGCCAUUUAAUAGUGACACAUACGUUGUUAUAUAUGUCCUUCACUUUUUUUGAGAUCGUGUAUUGAUCGGUCUCUUGGCACACAGGGCAUGACAUCAAUUAAAUCUUUUUUAGGCUUUAAUGAUUAGUGCAAACGGCUGUAAAAAUAAACCUACUUAUGAUUGUGGGUUAUUUUUUUACUUUUUUUUUCAUUGCAGCUGUUACGGUCAUAAAAAUACAAAGUUCUACAUCUAAGCUUUUGACUUCAGUGGAAAUAAAAUAUACCAAAAGUGGGAAAAAA